AUGUCAGAAACUGUGAGAGCUGACGAGAGCAGUUCAAAGAACAUUUAUGGUGACCCACCAAAGGUCAAUAUUAGUCUUCCAGAGAUAAGUGAACUAACCCAGGAUUCUAAACGCUGGAAGGAUGUUCAACUCCCAAUUGACAUUCUGUUGUUAACAGUGAAGGACUGUGAAUUCUUAAGUUGCUACUAUUACAUUAAUGAUCCAUAUAGAAGCUACUUUAAAGGGCUUGGUCGUGUGUACUUUGGCAGCUUUGGUGAAGAUCAAGAUGUUAAACUGAAAGUAGCUUUGAUGAAAUGCUCAGAGGGUUGUAAAGUUCCUGGUGGUGCUUUGACUGUUGUAAAAAAUGCUGUCACUCAGCUGAGGCCAAAAGCUGUCUUUUUUGUGGGCCACUGUAGUGGUAUGAAUCAGGAAUUAACAAAGCUUGGGGAUGUGGUUCUAUCAGAAAAGCUCACAACCUAUUCCUACCAGAAGGUUACAAAGGAUGGAAAGAAAUUUUGUGGGUUCACAACUCCUGUAAGCACAGACAUUGCUGAACUCAUUGAAAGUGCAGGUCAUGGUUGGAAUCCACCCUUAGAAAAUCCUAAAGAGAGGAAAGUUGAAGUCCUCUGUGGUGAGGUUUUGAGUGGUACUGUGGUCGUGCAAGCUGAAUGGCGACGAGAGGAACUAGUGAAGUCAUUUCCUGAAGCAAUUGCAAUUGAAACAGAAGGAGAGGGUAAGAUCUCU